AGCUUGCGCGAGGUCGUGUCCUGCCGUGUGUGCUUUUGCCACACACGUCGCUCUUUCGAAAAGCAUCUCUCUCUCACCUUCAACCCUCCACCUGCCGGUCAUCCGCGUCCCUUCUUCGCGCUGUUGAAACUACGCACACGCUGGUGCCUCUCGCGGAAGAACAUUCCUGAGAAAGUACGAGACAGUGGAUAAGCGAGAGAAUUGAUUCCCGGAGUUGGAGGAUCUAUUUUCGAGGCGAAUCUCGCAGAAGAGGAUUUUCGUGGAUAGGUGAUCAUGACGAUGACGAAAUGUGGGAUGCUAUUAACGUCGUGGUUGCUGAUAAUCGGCUGCAUUCCAGUGUCACAGCAGCUUGUCAUUAAGAGUAUCAAUGUGCCAGCCACAGUCAAAGCCGAUGAGGUUGAUCAUGUGAUCCUCGACUGCGAUUACGAGUUAGAGAACACGUCAGGGCAAGAGCUGGUGGUCAAGUGGUUCUUCGAAAGCGACAAGGUGGUCUAUCAGUGGAUCCAAGGACGAAAUCCUUUGGCCGUCGAGCCGGCUAAGAAGUACGUCGAUCUCACUUACAGGGCCAGCGACGAUCCUUACACCGAGUAUCGAGCGAUGAAACUAAACAAACCGGGAAUUGAGCUCACGGGUGAUUACAAGUGCGUGAUAUCAACUUUCGAGGACGAGAAGACGGCGAACGCCUCCAUGGUUGUUUACGCAACGGAAGAAGUUUUCGGUUUUGCGUACACGAAGAAGACGCUGAAGAACGACAAAGAUGGUCUGGAAGCGACAUGCAUGGCCAAGGGACUUUAUCCGCAGCCGACUCUCGAUAUCUCGGUCAAAGACGUCCCAAAUAAGCAAGCAACGAAGUCCACGGUGACGCUACGAAGAGACGGACUCUACGACAUCCUGUCGCGGAUAGAAUUAUUGGACGAGGAGUUACCGGAAACGACUACAACCCUCGAGUGUACUCUUGGCAUCCCCAAGGCGAACUACAGCGCGUCUCAAAUGACCGUCUACAACUCGGGAACGGCUACCACCACUUCCGCAGCGAUUCCGCAGCAUGAAAUGGAUAUUCAGGCCUUAAACGACUCGAACCCCAAUAAUGGUGGCGGUAAUUUCAUUCAUACGUCGAUCGAUCCCCUUCUGUUGCUGAUGCAUCUGCUUCUUUUCAUUCUAUUUCAUUAAUAAUUAAUACGCUUAAUAGGUAAGAUUGGACGGCUAAUUAUAUUUGAUUGUUGGUGCCUCAACUCAUUCUUCAAGAAAAGUCAAAUUCUAAUUUGUGAAAAGCUUGUUCUUGCAGAUCGUGAUUUUUCUUUUCGAAAACAGUUACAAUUUUUCUGUCAAAGUUCUUCGUAGUUUUCAAAACUCUCGAAAUUCAAGUAAUGUGUCUUACCGUGGAAUCUGUAUUCGGCCUAUAUUAAUAACAAUACUCUUUAUAAUCAACGAGUCGUACAUAUAGGAUAAUAAAAGGGAGACGUAGAAUGUACAUAAAUAUGUACAGAACAUGUUUUGUUGCACUUUCGGUAACCUAAAACGCGACAUAAUUUUAUAAUAUUGAAUACGGUAGUUAGAUCGCACACAAAUCGUGUAAAUAAUAUUUAGAUAUAUAUUAAAUUGAUUGUGUGUGUAUUCACAUGUACAUAUAUAUGUACACCCCAACCGACUCCAAUGUCGCAAUAUCAAUAUUAAAUGUUAUAAGAAAAGUAUAACGAAAUAAAAGUGCGUAUUAAUACUCGUUACAGAUAAAAUAUAAAAAAGUAAAGUAAUUUCUUCGACAUCAAGUUUUCCUUUAUUAAAAAAUCAUACUUUUUUCCUAAAAAAUGUUAUUUAAAUUAUUUUUAUUAAAAUUAAUUGAUCCAACUAUAUUCUUUUAAUCAAGUAUGCAAUUUUUAAAUAUAUUAAAAUUAUGAAUUUAUUAAUUUAUCUUAUUUACUUAUUAUUUUUUACAAUUAUUAUAAGUUAUUUUAAUCAUCUUAAAUAUUUUAAUUGGUACGACGGACGUCUUAUGUAUAAGAGCACUCUGUUCAUUUCGGAGUGCGUAGAAAUGGCUCAUGCAACGCUUUAUAAAGUUUCUGGGCUUUAUGCAGACCGAAUCCCGGGCACAAGGCCAAAGUAUUCGGUUGCGCUCUUACUAUAUUGUCCAACGUGCUGAAUGUCGACAACAGAGUCAUCGCGUCCGUUUUGUUCACGGAUCUUACCGUGGUUAAAGCACUGAUCAACUGGAAUGUAUAUAAAUUCGUCUAGCGUUCAUUGCAAUAUGAGCAAAAAGAUAUAUUACUCUAUUAAAAAUAACACACAAUCAAAAAGAUUAGAAGCAUUAAGGGCAUUUAUUUCUCAGAAAUGACGUUGUUUUAAAUUAUUUUUUUAUCAUGUAUUACUGUAUCAAAAUAAGAUUAACUGUAAUAAAUAUUAAUAAAACUGUAAA